UGCAACAACUAUAAUUACUGCUGGGAGAUCCUGAAAGAUGAUUUAUUUGAGACAUUAGGAUGCCCAGAUACUUCAAAUGGGCUGUCUUUGCUUCCAUCGCGGUGCUGAGCUUUGCGUCUUUUAUCUUGAUCCUCGUUGCCAUGAGCACCCAGAAAUGGAUGACUGGAAAAAUCCUUUGCAAAACAGGAGCUGAGCUGGUCAAUGCCACAGACCCAGAGCUAGUCAAAUUCAUGGGGGAAAUUUACUACGGACUCUUUGCAGGUGGCAAAAUACGCCAAUGUGGAUUAGGCGGGCGGCGAUCCAAAUUCACAAUUUUUCCGCACCUGGUGAAGAAGUUGAACACAGCUCUCCACGUGGCAAUUAUCCUUUUCCUCUGCGUGGCGUUUUCAUUUGCUCUGGUCAGUUUGGCAUUCUGCAUAUUCAACAUAAUUAAAGUUCCCUAUCGGGCUAUUAAAGGUCCAGCUGGAAUCGCCUUGUGGAACGUCCUUGCAGGUGGCUUUGCAGUGCUGGGUGUGACUAGCUUCAUGGCUGCCGUCAAACUGCACAAUCUGACAGAAAGGAUUGCCAAUUUCCAGGAAAACGUCUUCCAGUUUGUAAUCCUGGAAGAACAGUAUGAACACUCUUUUUGGCUUUGCGUGGCAAGCGCGACCAUUCACGGUGUGAACUUGCUGCUAGUUGCCAUCAGCACAAUUCAUUUCCCUAAGCGGAAGACAAAGACAGAAGAAGCAAAUGUUGCAGCCGAAGACAUCAUGUACUGAAUACCUAACUGGUGGGCCCACCACUUGGCUGGCCCCAAGCUUAAGACUUGCAUUAUCUGUUUAUCUGCACUAUGUGAAAGAAGGGUAACACCACAGUGUGGAGAUGGGUGCAUGAGUGUGGAGGAAGUACAGCAAGAGGCACAAUGCCCCUGGAGGGUCCACCAAGCCAAGAAGAAGACCAUUCCCACAUUCCAUUAAACUCCUGGGAAGCUUGAGUCUUUCCCACACUGGGUCAAAAUUUCCUAGGAGGCCAGCACAAAGCAAGAACAUCCCUUUCUAUUCUCUCACUUGGACCUUGCCCAUAGAACUCCAAAACCGUACAGC